CAUGGGAGAAAAAGGUGUAGUACCAACUGAUAUGAUGAUAUAUCACCCUCAUCAUCAUCCAUAAUAAUAGUAAGCGGGAAAUGUUUGUUGCCGAAGAAAAGCCGCGGAGGAGAUGUUCGAUGGAAUGCCUCUGAGGCUCGGCGAGGGAGCUGUUCAGCGCCAUGAGUGGGCUUUACAGAGGAUCACCAAUUCAGUCCUCAAAUGCACGAGAUGGCAGGUGGAGGAGACCACGGAUCUCAUCAACUGCCCCUACCACUACUUCUGCGAAAGCGCGUAUCCGGGAGACUACCCAUCCUUCGUCGACUUCUUGGUGCUUCUCUUCGCCGCAGCUUCUUUCGUAUCCACUCUAUCAUUCACCGUUAUAGCGCUCAGAAGGAGAACAGCUGCAGCAGCGGCAGCAACAACAGCAACAACGCCCAGAAGCAGCAGAAAUCUGAAAAGAAAGUAUCUUGUGCCUUCCGGCCCGAUCUUCCUCCCGUUCGUGCUCUUAAUUCUCGCCAGGGGCCAGAGAAUCAAUACAAUCUUUCCGCUGUCUCAACUGGGUCCUGCAAUACUCCAGCUUCUUCAGGCCUCAGCUCUGGCUUUUAAGAACGAGUCCGAUAAGGACAUCAGAUAUGCGGUGCUCGAGGCUUCCACUGUUUCCGGGAUUCUUCACGCGAGCCUCUACUUGGACGCCAUAAUUAUGCCUUACUAUACGGGGAUUGAUGCUCUCAGCGGUUCGAGAUUCUCCGGCGAGUGCCCGUCCUGCUUGUGCAGGACACAGGCUCUGGUCGUCGGGGGGACGGAGAUUUCGUAUCGUGGAUUGUCGAAAACUACUCUGCUGAUCAUUUUCGCGCUGUGCGCGAGAAUGGUGCGCAGAAUGUAUGGAGAGGAGAGAUUCAGUUUGGCGGUCAAAUCUGUGUUGGAGGGCAUCAGUUGGGUGUUUGUUGCCAGUGACUGUGUUUACAUGAUGAACAACGGCCCGGAAGGGGGCGCGCUUUUUAGGAUAGUGUAUGGAGGGCUCUGUGUAUUUAUAUUCCUCAAUGUUUUUAAGAUGGUGUAUAGUUUCUUGAGCUGGGCAGAGAGAAGGCAUGUCCAGUUAGAAUUUGAUAGAUGUGAUGAUGAAAUUGUUUGAUAUAUUUUUCUGUAAAUUGCUACGAGUAUAGGUCUCUUGCAAUAGAAUUUCUUUUAAUUAAUUUAAGUUGGUGGAGCAUUAAAGAGGAGAA